CUGACGGUUCGCCACCUCCUUGAAUGGCUCCUCAACAACCUCAACUUGGAAGUCUUGCCGUGCAGGCCCCCAGUCUGAAUCCGAAGGUCGUUCAUGUCUCGAAGUCGACGUGCACGGACAUCUCGCUGUUCAAGGACCUUUUGAGGGAGUACAGGAAGCUCGAUGACUCCAUAAACAUGCGACUGAACCGGGCGACCGCGGCUGCACGCGACCAGGCGAGGGAAUCGUCCGGACGAAAGGCGGCUGACGAUCAGGCCUGCGAGAAUAUAUGGGCAGAGCUUGUAGCGAACUGGAAGCGGCGCACGACUCUCAUCGGCUACUGUGUCUCUGUGGUCGACGAGAGCAUCGACAGCAAACGCUCACAGAUAUCCGAGAAGCAAGCGGACCCCGCUGCGCAACGACGCAUCAAAGGGGAGAUGUAUUCGGAUGAAGUUUUGCGUAACCAAGUCCACAACGAGCUCUCGGUGGAAGCUAUCAUUCGCAAACGGUCAUUGGAUGUCUUCAAGUCAAGAUGCAAGUACUUCACCCCGCCAUUGACCGACGCGCAAGCUCGAGAGUACUGGGAGGGAGCUCAGCGAUAAUCUGCAGCUGUAUAGCUCCCCCUGAGAACCACCGACACUCUCGACCUCGGUCCCUUCGCUGGCAUUUCCCGCACGCACUCUGUAUCAUACGUCUCAAACAUCACGAACAAUGUGAAGUACAUCCCAACUCAAGUACCUGCGCAAAUCGUCGCCCAUCCUCCCCGUGUACUUGAACCUUGGUCUUUGCGCCCACAGUCGCUGUUAGGGCGUGCCAAGUGACUACCAUAAUCCGUGAAGGAAUUCACUGGAUAGGCUGCGGGGUGGCGUGUAUGCCUUCUUCGCCAUUUGAGUGGCCCUAUCAGCUUCGAACCUAUUGUUGUGCAUGUUUAGCUUGCGCAAGUAGAGGUAUACAAGGUGCUACUUGGUC